UGUUACAGUGUUUGUGUGUGUGAAUGUGUGUGUGUGUGUGUCUGUGUCAAGAGGUGUCGUCAUGUGAUCAGCUGAUGUUCUCAGUUCAGUUUCGCUCAUCUCAUCAUCGAGCUGCAGACACACACACCGGUGUCAUGGAGCGUAAGCUGGAUCUUUCCCGUCUAACGGAUGAAGAGGCCAAACAUGUUUGGGAGGUGAUUCAACGAGAUUUCAACCUCCGCAAGAAAGAAGAAGAGAGGCUCAGUGAGCUGAAGAAUAAGAUUGAGAAGGAGGACUCAAAACGAGAGCUGCUGGGCUCUCAGAGCAACUUGUCCGACUCGCUUUGUAUCCGCUGCCUGCAGCCCUUCAAGUUCCUGGUCAACAGCAAACGCCAGUGUCUGGACUGUCGCAUGUACACCUGCAAGUCCUGCAGCCGCUACAACAAGAAGGAGCACGGCUGGGUGUGCGACAACUGCCGCAUGAACAGGGUGCUCAAGAUCGGGACUCUGGGCUGGUACCAUGACAACGUGAGAAACCGUUUCAAGCGCUUUGGUAGUGCCAAAGUGAUGAGGUCAUUGUACAAGAGGCUGAACGGAGAAGGUGGGCGUGAUGAUGACACGCAGAGUAUGCCGGAUGUCCACAAUCACGCAUAUAAUGGCAAUGAGGAUGAUCAAGGAGAAUUCGAGGGUCAGCGCUACAAAGUGAUGAGGAAGAACAAACGUCUGCUGUCUGUUCAUCCUAUGGACUUUGACAAUGAGGAUUAUCUGCCUCACUCACGCCGCCCGUCUGUGCAGCAGCAGCAGGAUGAUCGGUACUAUAGGAAUGACGUGGACUACGACCAUUACAGCCACAGAGGAAACCGCAGGAAGAGCCUGGACCGAUAUGCCAUGAGACCUGAUGACAACGGAGAGAAUCGGAUGGUCCGGACUCGCUCUCUGUCCAAGAUCACCUCGUCAGUGGCUCGGCAGCAGUACGUUGACACAUCAGACGAGGAGGAGUACCAGAGGUACCCGCAGAUGUACCAACAACCACCCCACCGCCGAAGGGGCAGUAGAACCUCCUCCCAGGAGAACCUGGGACAAGCCCCUCCGAUAAAUGAACUGAGCAAACGAAUGUCGGCCAUCGAGAGUCUGCUGAACCGCCUGGAGGAAAAGAUUACACCUGGUGUAAAUGAGCAGGCAUCAAAUCCAUCAGCUCAGAAUGAGGAGGAGAAACUGAGAAGGAAGCUUAGUGAGCUGGCGGGGAACCUGAGUGAUAAGGGCCCGUCAUCGGACGACGAGGCUGGGAAGAAGUCCUUUUCUGUGGGUAAAGGUUUGGCUGGACUGAAGGGUGGCCCAGCAAUCGCUCUGAACUCCCGGAAGGACAAAGAACUGAGCUCAUCCAGUGAUGACAUGCCCACUGAGGCUCAGAAGGUGUACAUCACGGCCGGUCAGUCCUACGAGCUGGAGUCGAAGCUGCAGCGGCUCGAGCAGAGUGCCAAGAAUCAGUUUGGAGGGACGACGGACUCGGAACUGUCGGAGCUUGAGGACGUGGUGGCACUGACCGCCGCCAGAGUCCAGAGUGCUGAGAGCGAGGUUUCUGAUAUUGAGAGUAAAAUCGCUGCUCUGAGCGCCGCCGGAUCCAAGAAGAAGGUUUCAGGAACUCAGAGAAAAAAGUCGACUCAGGAUUUUCAGAAAGCUAACGGCACUCAGUGGAAAUCCAGCAACAUGUUCUGAAGCAGAAACAGACCUUCAGCAGCUGCUGCUCGCUCCUCUUCGUCAUGAAGCCUUCAUCACAGAGCAAUUCAAAGAGCAACUUUUAUCUGUAACUGCUGCUGCUUUUGUGUUAGAAACAUAACACAUGAUUACAGCUGGUAGAUUUAGACAAAAUAUGAGAAAAUGUGAAAAAGUACGUACCAAAAUAAAUGAAUAUUCAAAUGUAGAAUCAUUACAAUAUUUCUUUGAAGCUCAGAGGCGGCUGGAGAGAAUUACAUGGAAAUGAAGUAACAUGAAAAUGUUUAAAAAUGUAUGAAUCCAAAAUAUUUCGUUUUAACAUUGACAAAGUUUCGGCCUGUCUCAGCAAUGCAAAGCCCCCAGCAUCCAACAUCAGCAUAGAGGAGAGGAAGGCACUCACAUCACUUAGUGAUGACAACAACAUUAUCAUCCUUCCGGCAGAAAAGGGUAGGUGCACAGUAUUGCUAAACCAGAAAGACUAUCAUGAGAAAAUUUUGUCACUACUCAGUGAUGAAAAUACUUAUGAGCCCCUGAAACGAGACCCAGGAAGUGGCUACAGGAAGAGGGUGAUAGACUGUCUGCAGCAGUUAGAACAAGACAAGGCUAUUGACCGGACCUCAUACUACAGGCUGUACCCAGGGGAGUCUACACCAAGUCUGUAUGGUUUACCGAAGAUACAUGAACAGGGUGCACCUUUAAGACCGAUUGUCUGUAUGAUCAACUCUGUCACCUGUAACAUCUCCAAGUUUCUGGCUUCGAUCCUCAACCUGCCUCAACCGGCAGCUCUGAACACCACAUCCAGAACACCCUGGAUUUUGUUGAGAAGGUGAGAGAUGUCAUUAUGGAGGCAGAUGAAACCAUGGUCUCGUACGACGUUACAUCUCUCUUCACUUGCAUCCCAGUCACGGAAGCGUUGGAGGUAGUAAGAGAUUACAGGAUGACCCCAACCUUAGCAACAGGACCACUCUCAGCAUCGGCCACAUAUUUUCCCACAUAUUUCACAUACAAGGGUCAGUUCUACAGGCAGAAUUAUUGGUGUGCCAUGGGCUCCCCAGUUUCACCCACUGUGGCCAAUUUAUACAUGGAAGAAGUGGAAAAGAGGGCUUUGCUAUCCUACCCUGGAACACCACCAAGUCAUUGGUUUAGGUAUGUGGAUGACACCUGGGUGAAAAUCAAAUCUCAGGAUGUACUACAUUUCACGGAUCACAUUAACUCGGUGGACCGAGACAUCAAAUUCACCAGGGACGAUAUGAAAAGUGGCAGGUUAGCCUUCUUAGACUGUGAGAUUUCCAUCAGUAAUGGGGGACAUCUAAAAACUGAUGUGUACCGGAAACCUACACAUACGGAUCAGUAUCUAAGGUUUGACUCUCAUCAUCCACUGGAGCACAAACUGGGUGUCAUCAGGACGCUACAACACAGAGCGAACACCAUCCCCACUGACACAGCAGCCAGGGAGGCAGAAGAACAUCAAGAAGGCCCUGAGUAAAUGUGGUUAUCCCAGCUGGACUUUUGUCAAAGCUGGAAAGGCACCUAAAGAAAGCUCCAGCUGAUCCAGGAGAGAAGGACAACCACUGCCUAAGCAACAACCUGUAGUGAUCCCGUAUGUGUCGGAACAACUGAGACACAUUUUUUCUAAACACCGCGUCUCUGUGGCUUUUAAACCCCAAAAUACGCUGCGCCAAAAAUUGGUCCACCCCAAGGAUCGGGUCCCCCGACACAAACAGAGUAACAUAGUGUACGCUGUUAAGUGCCAGGAGGAUUGCCAGGAUUUAUACAUCGGGGAAACCAAACAACCUCUGGCAAAGCGGAUGGCACAACACAGAAGAGCCACCUCAUCAGGCCAGGACUCUGCAGUCUAUUUACACCUACAGGCCAGUGGACACUCUUUCAAUGAUGAGGAUGUACACAUCCUGGACAGGGAGGAACGCUGGUUUGAGCGCGGAGUCAAGGAGGCCAUUUAUGUGAAAAGGGAAAGACCAUCUCUGAAUGGAGGAGGGGGCCUAAGGGUACAUCUUUCACCAUCUUACAAUGCUGUGAUUGCAGCCAUUCCCCAACACUCUGUGAAUGGUACUAAUGGACAUUGAUCAGUGGGCUUUGAUCAAUGGUCAUGAGUAUUUGCACAUUAAUGAUCAAGGAACCUCCAGUGGGCUGGUUUCAGUCAUUAUGCAAAUGUACUGUUCAUAAGAUUGGGGAAACCUGCAGUCAGCUGAGACUGAAGAAGUCACUUGGAUGAGUGACGAAACAUUGCUCCCACUGAAAACGCUACGUCCAGAUGAACAGAAUCAACUUUUGGUGACUGACAGAAGACAGAUGUAAAAACUUUAUUUCAAAAUCAAAUCUAUUAACUUUAAAACCAUUUCUAAACUUAAUCUCCUCCUCCUUUGAUUGGCUCAGACAGACAAUUCACUUUUUACUUUUAUGUUUAAUUCUGGCACCACUGAGCUUCUAUAGACUUUGGUCAGCUGUUUAUUGAACUUCUGUUUUUAUCACUGCUGAUACGAUCAAUAAAUUUUAAAA